AAACCUGUAAAAUAAAAUUAAGGAAUUAAACAAUUUAGCUGAGCUGGGGCAUGGCGAAGCGUCGGGUGACAACCCUCGGGCUGGACGAUGUCUUGCUUCGUCAGUGCGCCAAACACAGCCUCGUCACCCUACAGGACGUGCUGCGGUUGUCGCUGGUCGACAUGAUGCGAUGUCUGCGUGUGAGCGCCGCCAGAGCGCGGGCGCUGCAGCAGCAACUCUACGGCAUCUGUGCGCCCUCGUCCACCACCGCGUGGGCUCUGCUACAGGAGGAGCGGAGGGCGCGGCCCCUCUCCUCAGGGCAGGAGGAACUGGACGUCCUCAUGGCGGGGGGCUUCCACAGGGGCACGGUCACCGAACUGGCAGGACCUUCAGGUGUAGGCAAGACUCAGUGGUGCCUGAGCCUGUCGCUGCAGUGCCUGCUGGGGGGCAGCUCCCCCGCCCCUGUUAUAUACAUCGACACCGAGGCCGCCUUCACGCCUCAGCGAGUGGUUGAGAUGUUGUCAGAGCGGCUGUCAGAGGCAGAGCAGGCGAGACUGCCAGAGCUGCUCGCCAGCAUCGUCGUCCACCGCCCGAGCUCUGUUGAACAUCUCCAGAAAAUUUUGGACGGGCUGGAGCUGCAGGCGCUGGAGCUUGGUGCUGGAGCGGUGAUCGUAGACUCGAUAGCAUCGCUGGUGCGUAAGCAGUUCCCGGCCCACGCACCGGGGGGCGGCGGCCACUGGCAGAAGAUUUUUGUUUUGGCCGACUGGGCGGCGCGACUAAAAACACUCGCCGCCAACUGCAAACUUGCCGUGAUCGUCACCAACCAAGUCACUAGUCGGAACGAAUCAAAUGCCGCUACUGCGGAAGCUCUAAAUGAAGAAGCUGAAACUGACCUCGAAUUAGACAACGAUGAUGCAGCCAAGGAAUCGAAAAUUAUCCCCAUGGAGUCCGGCGAAAUCGAGGAGCCUGGUUCCCGCUACGUGACGCCGGCGCUGGGCAACACGUGGACGCAUUUCGUCAACACGAGACUCGUGCUGCAGUACACCAGCAGGCCCGGCGUCAGGCAGCUCGUGGUAGCCAAGUCGCCGGUGGCUCCUCUUGCAGUCUUCGACUACACGAUUACAGCGUCCGGAAUAUCGGUCUCAGGCCGCGGGAAGUACUCCAAUCAAGGCUGUGAUCCCAACACCAUCCACAUUAGCGUGCAGCCUGGAGCGUCCAUAUAGAGAUUACAAGCUGCCACAGUUGAAUCUUUGUAUACUUUCUGCACAUAAACCGUUGUCGAUUUAA